AUUGCAAUUUAUGCAGUGGAUCGCAAGUUACCCGACCGACCACAGCCACCAGUGUUCAGGAGAAGCUUUAAGGGCACAACUUGACGCGACUCGAAUUUACGAUCAUUACCUUCCCCGUUCUCUCACCCUGACCUCACUCGGCUUCAAUCAAAUCACGUCUCUGUGUUCAAGAUGGCGGAGCUUGGAGCAACUGAUCACUCACCCCAACCUGAUGUAAUCAGGAACCGCCUCCCGACACUCUUUGAGGUUCUUAGCCGGCGGACGCUUCCUCCAGUAGACCUGUUCUCGUUCUACAUUUAUAUGCGCGAUCAGCAGCGCUCCGUCGACUACCUCGACUUUUGGCUCGAUGUCGCGCAACAUAUGUCCCUCUGCCGCCACUAUGUGCGCGAGCUUCGUCGCUCGGUGCUGGUUGGCACGCCCGACCCUGACGAGAGCUCCAAGCGAUCUUCGCGCAUUCUGGAAGGCCUUGGUGAGAUGAACCACCCUGUCGCGGGACCGUCAAUGUACCAGUCGGAGAAAGAGAAAGACCAAGAUGCGCAGAUGUCAGCUUUCCUGCGGGAAGAGCGAGGAGAACAUCAAGAAUCUCCCAUAAGCGGCAGCGCGAGACAGGAUCGGCCAAGUCCCAACGUUAGCACGCCCCGCGAGCCGCCUACGGACUCAAACUCCCCACCUCAUACGGUUGCUCGACAAGACAUCAGAGCCUCUGCCGAGAAGAUCCUCUACACUUUCCUCCUCCCGGGUGCGGAACGCGAAAUCACUCUUCCAGGCUCGAUCACGCAGGACGUCACGACAGCUAUUGAGGAAUUCGGUAGAGACGAUCCCGAGGUAUUCGAUGUGGCUAAGGACUACGUCUUCCAGGCCAUGGAACGCGAUGCUUUCCCGGGCUUCCUCAGAAUGAAAGCGCUUGGAAACCUUAUUCCGCCGACACUGAUCUUGCGCCUUAUCGUCGGGCUUGUCUCCAUGUUUGGUGGUUUCUGGGCAGCGUUCAUUCUGAUCUUUCUCAACGAGUCUCGGAGCGUGAGACUCUGGCUGAUCCUUCCCUUCACAAUCGGCGUCUACUGCCUCGCCUCCUACCAGUACUCACUGGACCCCAUCCUCGCUCUCAUCGGCCUGAGCGAAUAUACCCCCUUCAACUUCUCUCGGGUGCGGGAACCGUACGUUCGGAAGCUUUUGGCUCGCCGAGCGCUCAUGGUUCUCACAGUGACGGUCCUUAUCGACGCAGCGCUCUGCGUUCUCUUCGUUCUUGUCCCAGGCAAACGGCUUUAGACGACAUGGGCCUGCUCUACGGGGGUGUGAGCUGGUCUCACUCCCGACCAAAAUCAUCAAGAACGACGUAACCUCAACCAGGGACCGUUCUUCAAUCAUGACCGUCACGACCGCAGGGAUUUUCUUUUACAUUUUUUCCGCCUCCUGAAUGGAGCGACCGGGAGGCACAAGCAUUCGCAUAGUUACAGGGCGGCAGGGCUAGAGGACGGACCCCGUUAGGUGUUUAGGAUAUCGGCGUGCGCUCUCAGCAUUUAUUCAUCUGCCAUCAGCUUUCCAUGAUGUUUCUCGC